UGGAAUUGGUCAGAACUGGUCAAGAAUUGGUUGGAAUUGGAAUUGGUUUGAAUUGGUUGAAACUGAUAUGGAAUUGGCUCAAAAUGACUAA